AUGAGUACGGUGAUGGAUUCGCAAGUCCUGGAACGACCGCGCCUUCGGUCUCACAAAGUUCUGCCGCGGCGGGGUAUCGUCGUUCCCAAUAUUGAAAUCAUCCAACCGGCCUCUCCGGAUCAACUCACGGGGGCGCCGGCGCCUCCUUUGACUCCUCCCGGCAUUGGCCAAGGAGACAUUGCUGCGGAUGAUGAACCCACACCUCGAAAGCUGGGUUCCUCUUUGCUCGAUACUCAGACGGGAGGCAUGUUGACUCCUCGCCAUCCUUCCAAACCUCCAACCCCCGAUGUGACGCCGCCUCGGACGAAUUCGAGCAAGCGACCGGCCCUUAGUCAAUGCAUCGAUCUUUCCUCCUCCUCUCGCGCGGAGUCAUUCCAAACAGCCCGUGAGAGCUUGUCAUCGGAUACGGACAUGGAGACUCCUGUCCGUUCAUCUCGGCCCAUGUCACGGAAACCCAGACACGGUGUACACUUGAAAUCAAAUGGCCUAAAUGGAAUCCACGUGAAUGGGGUGAGCGCCAAAGAAACAGCAUCCUCUGGCUCACAGCAUGUCAGCGAGACGGAAUAUGAAACUGGUUUCGAGUCCUUUGAUGGAGAUUGGGGAACCAGCCAGAACGAAGACUCUCCAACCCCGCGAGCAAGAUUGAACCAGCCUGGCGAAGUCCGCCAUCGAUCGGGCCGCAAGUCGGACUUCGACCGCAAUGAUGCGUUGGAUGUAGAGCAUCUCAACGCCUCUUUGAUUAAAGAAAAGACUCUACGCGAUCGGGUCCACUCGCGUGAAGUCGCACCGAGCGCGUCCGUGGAACGAUUCCGCGAAGAUAUUGGUUGGCCUUCCUCCGAUAUCCCGCCGUCACAGAGUGACAAUGCCGAUACUCGUCGGUUCUCGGGAGUUUCCAGCACAUCGACGGUGGAGGCGAUGAUCAUUGAUUCCCCCAAACGCGCCAAGCAGACGCUGCGACAUACGGAGAAGAGGAACUCACUGCGCUCCGCCAGCUCCCCCAUAACGAGAUCUGAGCGUACAUCCGUGGUGUCGAGCUCUGAAUCGCCACAUCGCCUCAUCCACAAGGCCGCCCGAAUCUCGGACCAGGAUCGCCGCAGUGUGUCUUCCGACAUCUCCUUUUCCACCAAGACUACGACGAGUGCGCUGCACCCUAAUAUCGAGAUCAUUCCGGUGGUCGUUGUGCCUGAAAGGCGCUCGUCCUUGCAGUCAGGCCCUAACAGUUAUGUGUCUUCCAAGCCCGGCUCUCAACGGUCCAGUCAACGUCCAACAGCGCCUGCUGGCUCCGUGGAUGCAGCAUGGAAAAAGAAGAAACGAACCAUGUCCGAUUCGGUUUCUAGCCGGUCCCAGGAGACGACGGAUGCUCGGGGUCGACAUUUCAGCCGACCUAUCAUUCCUCCUCGCAGCUCAUCCCUUUCUGCGCCAACAAGUCAAAAUAAUUCCCGCGCUACAUCCCUGACGUCAGCGAGCUUGCGAAGUCAUACAUUGGCCAUGGAUCUGGAGAUGGAAAAGCAACGUCAGCUGCAGCAGCCCGUGUCACCUCCCCGGAACAAUAUUCUCGGUGUGAAGGCGCCUGGUUUGCUGGAACCACCCAAUUUGCAGGCGGUGAUCAUCAGUUCUGAUGACUUGCUCCAACCUCCAUCUUUGCCCUUCACACCAAGCUCGGUCCCCUCGUCGUCGCCCGGUCCGAUAGAAAUCCAGGAGGCCACCGCUAUCAGCCUAUUUGCUCAUAACAAUCACUCCCUCCUUUUGGUCGACCCUCGAGGGCAGGCGCAGCCACGCGGUCUACCUGGAUUGGGACUGCAACCAACUCGCAGAAACACGACACCAGAUCGCCUCAUCCAAGGGACGGCGCACGUGGAAUCUCCACUGAGAAACCCUCGACCUCCACCUCAGCCCCCAAUCGGCAAGCCUCUCCCGCCACUUCCCCCACAGGGGCAGGAGGCCAGCCAGAACAGUGACGGUCUUCUGGGACGGCGAUGGAACUCUGUUCGUCAAACUUUGGGGAACAAUCGGCCUCGUUCGGAUUCCUUCAACACCCUGACGCGGUCUUUUUCCAUGAAAUCGGCCAAGAACCGUAAAUCGGGCAUGGAGAUAGACAGCAAGCUCCAUCCGUUUUGGCGGCCGCGUGGUUUCUGGGAAAAUGUUCCUGGUUCCCCGAAGAAAGAGGACUCGUCCGGUCAGCGGAACGCUCCAAACCCCGACGAAGGCCGGAUUAUCAACAACUCACUGGGUCUGCCGCAAUAUCGGGUCGUCAUUGAAGGUCCACCUUCUCUGGCACGCCGUAGCCCCGAAAUGAGACAGCUUUUGGACGGCAUGUCGUCGACUCUCCAGCUCCAUCACAAUGCCAGCCGGGGCAGUUUGGCCGAUCGCAAGAUCCUCCGCACUGGAUCCCCGCUAUAUCAGCAUCGUUACCGAGCCCUGUCUCGCUGGGGACUCCGGCUGCGAGCCAUGUCCCUGCGUAACGUGCGCAGUCGCCUGCGGCGCGUUCGUCAACGACGAGAGGAGCGCAAGCGAGCAGCCCGGAGGGAUACCCUUAAACAAAGCAUUGGCGUACCCGUUUAUGUUGCUUCCAGCGUCCCCCAUGGUUUGGUCGCGAGCUGA